CAUUAACCACCCAAUAUGGGCUUCCUAGGCGCUCUUACCAUUUCCCUCUCCAUUCUCGCCACCCUCUCCGCCACCUCCCACGCGGCCACCUUCGUUGUCCGCAACAACUGCCCUUACACCGUAUGGGCCGCGGCCGUCCCCGGCGGCGGCCGCCGGCUCAACCAAGGCCAACAGUGGUCUUUCAACGUGAACCCGGGCACGAAACAAGCCCGCAUAUGGCCCCGAACCAAAUGCAACUUCGACGGGUCGGGUCGGGGCAAGUGCGAGACCGGGGACUGCGGCGGGUUGCUCAAUUGCCAGUCCUACGGCACCCCGCCCAACACCCUGGCCGAGUACGCCCUAAACCAGUUCAACAACUUGGACUUCUUCGACAUCUCGCUGGUAGACGGGUUCAACGUGCCCAUGGACUUCAGCCCGACGUCAAGCCAGUGCACCCGGGGGAUCCGGUGCACCGCAAACAUAAACGGGGAGUGCCCGAACCAGCUGAGGGCGCCGGGCGGGUGCAACAACCCGUGUACCGUUUUCAGAACGGACCAGUACUGCUGCAACUCCGGGAACUGCAGCCCAACAGACUUCUCUAGGUUUUUUAAGGGCAGGUGCCCCGACGCGUACAGCUACCCUAAGGAUGAUCAGACCAGCACGUUUACCUGCCCUGGGGGGACUAACUAUAGGGUAGUCUUCUGCCCUUAGAAUGUAGGACGUGCGUCCUCAAACCCAGCCUUGGAUUUAUACAUAUAAUAAAAUAAGAGCUGCCAUGAAUGAAAUCCCACUAUGAGGACUCGAAUAAUUUGGGAAACGAUAAAUUAUGACCACGUUUGGUGAUGUGGUCAUACGUG